CCACCAUGACUCCGUUAUUGUAAGGACAAGAAGCGACACUGGCACAUCUCUAGCCCCUUCCAGACUUGUACAUGAACAAGCAUAGAGAUACAAUUGGAAAUGAUCCUUUGUCUCUAGUGGCUGGUUGCCAGUUCGCAGCACACGAAAAAUAAAAAGCCAACUUAUCAAGCCUAAAAUUUCUUUGUGUUGAAUAAAUCCAACGCACACUCGCACCUUUUUUUUUUACCGUGUGGAACAUUCUCGGAUUCCUACCCAAGCAACACCGAUUGAAGGAGUGCCGUCGCCGGCUUGAAUUUCACUUGAAAACAGGUGCACACUCGCGUUCUAGAAACAACAACCGAAGAUUGUCAUCUCCUGUUCAUAUAAAUAUAUAAGCACCCCCCGUCCAACGUGGAAGAACCCUUGUUCCACUUUUUCUCACUGUUCGUUUAUAUUCAUAGAUUCAAAUCCGUAUACGGUACACUACUAAGGCCCAGCCCUCUUCUCAUUUCAUCUUCAGCCUUGUCGUGAGAACUCUAUAGUUGCAACCUUCGACAUCGCCAUAGCAUUUCCUUGUUUCAUCCACUUCGUUUCAGCCGUAUUAAUAGCCGCUGAGUAGACAAACCUGGCUCCUCUCUUUUCACUUGCAGCAUACAAUUCCAGCUCCAGGAAUAUCAUAGCUCGUUGACAAGACCGCAAAAUUAUCGUCACCUAGUGUUGGACCGAACUCCCGUACGAUUUCAUCAAUAGCUCCUUGCUGCAUCAAUUGUCGUAGAUUGAUUCACAAUUCUCGGAUUCAAUAAAUUCUCCUAAAAUAACAGGAUUAAUUUAGAAUAUUAUCAGAAUAUUAUUUCCCGAUAAAUUUAUUUUCUGGUGCAUACGUCAUAAGGUGCGAACAUAACCUCCUUGCACAUUAACCUUUUGACACCUGUACAGCAAUAUGGUACAACUUACAUCCAUUGUCUCCUCCAUUUUGGUGUUGUCACAAUCUUUACUUGUGGCAUCCGCCUCCAUCAACAACCCGCUCUUGGAUAACAAUAACAACUUGAAGAAGUUGACGAAGAAGGGUGCCUCCUGGGACUACCAAAAUGAUGUCAUCAGAGGGGUGAAUUUGGGAGGCUGGUUCGUGCUUGAACCCUACAUCACACCAUCUUUGUUUGAACAGUGGGAAAACUGGGGCGACGACUCUCAGGUCCCUGUAGAUGAAUACCACUACACUCAAAAGUUGGGCAAAUUGGUCGCUGGCCAGAGAUUAGAUACGCACUGGAAGACAUGGUACACCGAGCAGGAUUUCUCAGACAUAGCUGCUGCAGGCUUAAACUUUGUCCGUAUCCCAAUCGGCUACUGGGCUUUCCAAUUGUUGGAUAACGAUCCCUAUGUUCAGGGCCAAGUUGAAUACUUGGACCAGGCACUUGGAUGGGCCAACAAGUAUGGCUUGAAGGUGUGGAUUGACUUGCACGGUGCUCCAGGCUCUCAAAAUGGUUUUGACAACUCUGGUUUGAGAGAUACUGUCCAGUACCAACAACCUAACAAUGUCCAGGUUACAUUGAAUGUGUUGGAGCAGAUCUUUGAAAAAUACGGUAACGGCGAGUAUUCCAACUAUGUUAUUGGUAUCGAAUUGUUGAACGAACCUUUGGGCCCUGUCUCGGACAUGAACAACUUGAAGAACUUCUUGACCCAAGGCUACAACAACUUAAGACAAACUGGCUCCGUAACUCCCGUGAUCAUCCAUGAUGCUUUCCAGGCUCCAGGUUACUGGGACAACUUCUUGACCGUUGAAAACGGUGACUACUGGAGCGUCGUUAUUGACCAUCAUCACUAUCAAGUGUUCUCCUACGGCGAAUUAGCCCGUGAUAUCGACCAACACAUCUCUGUUGCAUGUAACUGGGCUUGGGAUUCCAAGAAGGAAUACCACUGGAACGUUGCUGGUGAAUGGUCUGCUGCCUUGACUGACUGUGCCAAGUGGCUUAACGGUGUUGGUCGUGGUGCUCGUUACGCUGGUCAAUACGACAACUCUGCUUACAUUGGUGAUUGUACUCCAUACCUUGACUUGGGAACCUGGACUCAAGAUUACAAAACUAACGUGCGUAAGUACAUUGAAGCCCAAUUGGAUGGUUUUGAACAGACAGGUGGUUGGGUCUUCUGGAACUGGAAGACUGAAAACGCUGUUGAAUGGGAUUUCAAGAGAUUGACAGCUGCUCAACUCUUCCCACUGCCACUCACCGACAGACAAUUCCCUAACCAAUGUGGUUUCUAAAGCAUCUAAAGAAUGAUUUCAAAAACAAAAGUUGAAUUGGGUUCAAGUGUUUGGUCUCAAAUACUGUUACACUAUAGACAACCUUUCUCAAACACACUAGUUGCUUUUCUCAUUUUCGAUCACACAAUCUUCAUUUCAGUUCUGGUUGUUUAUUAAUACAUUAUCUUACUAAUUAAUACACUAUUAUUAAAUUUAUUGUCUAG